AUGGAUAUCCUUCUCUGCAAUUGUAGGAGACUCAUCAGCAGGUCGGCGUCCUUCAUGAUCAGCAGAUACUUCCAGCAGCAGCCUAGCACCGGCAAGAUUGUCCCGAGGCUGCAGAGACUUCUAAUGAGAAUCGACACCAUCGUCGAAGAAGCCGAGGGAUGGCACAUCACCAACCAGAGAAUGCUGUAUCGGCCUUUUUCGAUAAUGCUCCGUCAACUCAAAAUGUUGAGGCAAGGUAUGUACAGAGGCCACUACAUGCUUGACGCGUCGAGAUUCCAAGCCAUCCGUGACGAGGAGGGGGAGGAGGUGAGCCACUCAUCAUCUGUGCUAUCUAAAUUAAGGCCACCCAAACGGCUUCGUGCCUCUGGCGCCGGUAGUGGUAGCAGCAACAGAGAAGCUGUACUGUUCGGUGCAAACAACAGCACACAAGAAGAGCUGCAGCCGUUGGUCGACACCCUUGAAGACACCAUGGCUGGUAUGAAGGAGUUCCUUUUCUUCUUGGAGUCGUAUCCUCGGGUACUCCGCCAACCUUAUGGCACUUAUUUGACCUUGGACAAUUGCUUGUUUGGUCGGCAAACUGAACUGGAAAGGGUCCUGAAUUUCUUGUUGCGUCCCAAUGCUAUGCCAGAACUGGCUGUACUUCCAAUCGUUGGUCCAAUAAGAGUAGGGAAGAGAACUCUUGUUGAGAAUGUAUGUAGGGAUGAGAGUGUGCGUGAUCGCUCCUCAAGGAUCCUCUUCUUUCCAGAAGGCAGUCUCAAGGAUGAAGGAGUGAUCGACCUGAGAGAAAACAAUAUUAAUGGUCUAGUUAGACAUCAGAAUUGUGCUUCUAAAAAAAGGUUGCUAAUUAUUAUUGAAAUGGCUGAGGACAUUAUUAACGAGGGAACAUGGAGAAGGCUGAAAUCUUCCAUAACCUGCAUGACACCAUGCGGUGGAAGUAAAAUUAUAAUCACCAGCCGACCAGAUACAAUUGUGAAUCUGGGAACAACAGAAGCACUACGACUGGACUAUCUCCCGCAAGAAGCUUAUUGGCAUUUUUUCAAGUCACUCAUAUUCGGAAACACAAACUCAUAUGAGCAGCCAAAACUGGCCUCAAUGGCCAUGGAGAUCGCUUUGGAACAAAGACAAUGUGCCUUUUUUUAA